AAAGAACGCCCAGAAGUUCGAAAUGCGUACCUCAGAGCUGUGCUUGCCAACGUCUUCAGUAAGGUCUCGGUCGCGGAUGCAUCAGAUCUGUUGUCGGCAAUGCUCGACAACGCGUCUAUCAUUCGACCUCUACCGGAUCACCCGCGCCCUGUUCGAACCCUCAAGAGUGCCAAGCAGCGUCUCGGCAUUGACCCCGACCAAUACAUCAUCAAAUAUGCGGUAUGCCCCGACUGCUGGAAGCAUUACCACCCGACCGAUCUCCAGACUCUGAUGUCUCCUGUUUGCUCUGUCGACGGCUGCUCGGGUGUUAUAUACGAGGACUUUAUCAAUGCUCGAUGUAAACACAUUCGCAAACCGUUCAAGCUUCACCCUCAAGUGUCGAUCAUUGCGUCAUUGCGACGCAUGUUCAUGCGUCCUGGGUUUGCUCGCAUGAUACGAGACAGCAGAGCUGAUGUACCUGACAGAGACGUCGAUGAGCACUUCGUCAUGCGAGACAUGCACGACGGCUCGCUUUGGCAUGAACUCAACACGCAUACAGUCCGGGAAGUUGGUGAACACGGCCAUGUUCGCGAUCGCCCCGAAGAUGACCACGACACGGCUCCAAAGCUAACGUCGCACCGAUACGGGCUUCAUCUCACCUGCAAUAUUGAUUGGAUGGGUGUCCUCGAAAACCGGCCGCAUUCGACGGGAGCUAUGUACAUUGCCAUCAACAACCUUCCCCGCGAGCACCGAUUCCUUCAAUCCAACGUCAUAUGCGCCAGUGUCAUGCCAGGCCCCAAAGAGCCUGAUGUCCGGCAAAUCAGUCACUGCAUGGAGCCGUGCACGAAGGAGAUCUCAAUCCUUCGUAACGGUAUCACUCUGUGUGUCAAAAUGGCUGUCUACAGCGAGGAUCAGCUCGCCGAUGUCCACGCCGACUUGGCGUGCCUUGACUGUGAUAUGCCCGCAUCUCACAAGACCAAUGGCACAGCUUCUCAUUCACAUGACAUGCACCCGUGCGUGUCAUGCGAUGCCAAUGUCACGGAUUUCAACAAGCCGUCAGGAUACGACAGCUCUACUCGCCCCAAGGAGGACUAUAAGCUCCUCCGGCAGGCCUUCUAUGCACGGGAUGCACCACUAGCACGUCAAGCCCAACUUCUCGAUGACUAUGGUAAACGCUUUGUUAUUCUCGACGCUCUUCCGGGCUGGCUUCCCAAGACGAAGACAGCCUUGGACUUCAUGCACGCUGUAUACCUUGGCAUUGUCCCUCAUCUGUUUGACGUUGUCAUCUUCAACGGUCAGCUGAUGACGGGGAUUGGGGGAUCAGAGUCAGCCAAGUCCCGAUUCGAGACUCUAAUUAACUCGAUUUUGUGGCCUAGCCACAUCACCCGUCUCCCGAAGAAUCUAGGCGAGAACCACUCGCUCAAAAAAGCAGAUGAAUGGCGUCGUCUUAUCACAAUCACUCCGGUGCUCUUGUGGUGGGCAUGGCGCGAUGAGAAUGACGAAAUCCCAAGCGCUCCACCACCUCUCCCUCCCAACACUGACGACCCCGGCUUCUCUCGCGAUCGGCAUCAACUAUAUGAUGCCAUUCUCCUUCUAUGCGCCGCUGUGCGCAUUUUCUCAUCACGGGAGAUAUCGAUGCACCAGGCUCAAACUGCGCAAGAGUUUCUCGCCCAGUACUGCCAACGCUGUAUUGCGCUUGACAUCCCCCUUCGGCCCAACCACCACGCUUCAAUGCACACGUCCGAGAUGGUGAAACGCUUCGGCCCCGUCUACUCCUGGUGGCUUUUUGCUUUUGAGCGUUUCAACGGCAUGUUGGAACGCGUCAAGCACAAUGGACAUGACGGCGGGCAGAUGGAACUCACGCUCAUGCGAGCGUGGGUUCAAACUCACCUUAUCUAUGAGUAUCUGCUGAAUCUUCCACCCGAGGCUCACGACGUUGAACGAAGAACCCUCGACAACAUGAUCAAGACUCAGGCUCGCAACCGCGGCGCAAUGAUGACGGAGAUCGCGUUUUAUCAGAGUGAGACUUCCGAGGACAAUGUUCGUUUACCCAGCCGCGCAGCCAAGUUCGUCGACUUGCGCCGAUAUGAUCCACCGCAGAUGUACCGCCUCCUUCUGGCGUACUGCCGAGCCUUAUGGCCUGAUCUCAACCUCGUCAGCGAUCGCAGCAGCGAUGCUGGGACCACACCCUUUGUUUCUGGGAGGGUUGCUCGCUCACUGACCUAUAUUCGCAAGGAUGGCAUCCGUUAUGGAUGCACAUCAAAUCAUAGCGAGUCUUCCCGUGUCCCCGUUCGUAUCCACUCGCUUUUUGUGGUGGGUGUGGGCGACAAACUUCCACAUGUAUGCGCAGUCGUUCAGCGCCUCUACUCCGAUGACCGCAUACCUAUGUUCCCAUGGUCAAUGUUUUCAUCUAUACUCGGUAUCCAUGUCUGUUAUGCAGACGAGUUUAGUUCCCUGGAGGUCUUUCCUUCAUCUGCUAUCCAGUGUUCGAUCGGCCUCAUUCCUUUUACACUCCGAGAGCUACGGCGCCCACUCGUUGCAGCAGUUUCAUUCGAUCAUGUGCGCCAAGAACCUUGUUUCAAUUGCAAGAACUACUAA